CGCAGCUCGACUGAUGACGUGAAGGACGGCGCCUCACUAAGCGGUCUCUGCGGUCACCGUGAGCGUGGCCCGCGCCACGACUACCCCCACCUGGCCGGCGCAUGAGGGUUGUUUGCUGGUCCUCAGGGCUGCUCACGAGGUUGCACAUCAAGGCCAGUGACCGACUCCUGGCUUCCACAGGGACUGUCAAGAGGAAAUGGCGUCUGUGGGUGGCCUGCUGGGGUUAUUACGACAGUGUGUAGUGACGGGCCGCAGCUUGCACACGUCCUGCUGGCGGGCUGACAGCAACAGGGCCUCCCUUACUCGCUUGCACCGGCAGGCCUACGGACGCCUCUACCCUGUGCUCCUGGUCAGGCAGGAUGGCUCCGCUAUCCACAUCCGUUACCGAGAGCCACGAAGGAUGCUGCUGAUGCCUGUGGACCUGGACAGCCUGUCCCCGGAGAAGAGGCGGGCAAGGUUCCGGAAACGUGAAGCACUGCUCAAAGUAGCGGAGGAAGAGGAGGAGCCACAGAUCACUGAUGAUUUUGACCAGGAGCAGUACAGGCAGUUUUGGGCCAAGAAGUGACUGCCUGCCAACUAUCCUGGACCCAAGGGUGCUGUGGAGGUGGGAGGGGUGUCUAACGUAAAUCAUGCUUUCUCCCA